UUCCAGUGAUGAAAUUGUUCACCAGGGUCUCCGUGCUCUUAUGUCAGAUGGUAGGCUUCAGCAAUGAGGGCGCGAGAGUCAUGCUCGUGACUGCGAGUUUGCCUCCCCUUCACUUCAUCUCGCGGGCGGAGGAAAUACAUUUUGGGUUUGCAUUCUGCUGCACACACGUCGGCUUUCUUAAGGAAGCGGUCAUGAGAGACGGUUGAGUUCUAUUCAGACACGCCGCGCGUAAGAGACGAGAAUGGACUAAAUCGAAUCGAAUUCCACCACCCACCCGGUUCCACGCGAUCUCCGCGGACACUAUGAAAUCGCAUCGUCUUGCUGCAUGUGGGUUCUAGCGCCAGCGGUAAAAAGGGAUCCUCUUCCCCUUAGGUGUGUGACAGAUAGAGGUCUAUCCGCACCGGACCAAACCCGGAUUUAGGCACCAAACGAAUAUUUUAUCUUCUGCGUAACACAAGUCACUGCCGAAACUUUCCUGAUGGCCCUGGUCAUGGAACCCGUGAGCAAAUGGAGCCCAAGUCAAGUGGUUGACUGGAUGAAAGGUCUGGAUGACUGUCUGCAGCAGUACAUCAAGAAUUUUGAGCGGGAGAAGGUGGGCGGCGACCAGCUGCUGCGCAUCACCCAUCAGGAGCUGGAGGACCUGGGCGUGUCCCGCAUCGGACAUCAGGAGCUCAUACUGGAGGCUGUGGACCUGCUGUGCGCUCUGAACUAUGGCCUGGAGACGGAGAACCUUAAAACCCUCUCGCACAAGCUCAACGCCUCGGCCAAGAACCUGCAGAACUUCAUCGGAUUAAGCGGUAUGUCAUCCUCUGAUGGCCGCACCCGCCAUAAACCCCCUAGCGACUUCCUGACCUCGGUGGUGGACCUUAUCGCUGCUGCCAAGAGCCUGCUGGCCUGGCUUGAUAGGUCACCCUUCGCUGCAGUGACGGACUACUCAGUGACCAGGAACAACGUCAUUCAGCUUUGCCUGGAGCUCACCACCAUAGUACAACAGGAUUGCACUGUCUACGAAACAGAAAAUAAAAUCCUCCAUGUGUGUAAAACACUGUCAGGAGUGUGUGACCACAUCAUCUCGCUGUCGUCCGACCCGCUGGUGUCUCAGUCUGCUCAUCUGGAGGUGGUCCAACUAUCCAACAUCAAGCCAACCGAGGGACUGGGCAUGUACAUUAAGUCGACGUAUGACGGCCUGCAUGUGAUCACAGGGACCACGGAAGGGUCGCCUCUUCUGACAGCUGUAAAGAAGAUCCAUGCAGGAGAUGAAGUGAUCCAGGUUAACCAUCAGACUGUGGUGGGCUGGCAGUUGAAAAACUUGGUAAACUCUCUCUUGACCCCUGCCGGCGUGGCUGGCUAGCAGCUGGCGUCCCCAGAGCAACUCACCCCCGCCUUACUAAAGAACAUGCGAUGGAAGCCCCUGGCCCUGCAGCCAGUGGCCCCCAAGAGUCCCACGAGCAGUUCGGCCACGCCCACCAGCACCAUCAGCACGCCCUCCAAGAGGGACAGCUCCGCCCUCCAGGACCUGUUCAUCCCGCCCCCUCCCUCCGAACCCUACACACCCAGAGACGAAAGGGGGAACCUUCCGAGCGAGGACGUGCAGGACAGCAUCUCCAUGGCCAAGGGCUCCGAGUCGCCCAACUCGUUCCUGGACCAGGAGUAUCGGCGGCGCUUCCCCCUGCUGGAGGAGGAGGCCAUGCUCUACUGCUCACGAGUCACGAGCCAGCCCAGCCCCUUGGGACAACACCUCCACCCUACGAUAAAACACUGGCCGCCACAACACCUCCCACCCUACGAUAUGCCGGCCUGCCUCCACCUCACGGCCGCCCUGACAUACACCCCCUCCACCUCUGAUGUGCUGCUGACCACCACCUCGAUAUGCUGCGGCCACCACCUGCUGCACAGCCACCACCACCCACCUCACCUGCAGAUGGGUGUUAAGGGACGACAGGCAGGGGUCAGGCUGCUGAACAGAGACAGCAUUGGGAGGUUGCGGCCCAUCUCGAUGCCUGUGGAGUACAACUGGGUGCCAGACUACGAGGACCCGGCCAAGUUAAAGAGAGAGGGCAGGAGAGAGAACACUCUGUUGCGGUACGUGGGCGAGGACAAGGGUGGCGUCCCCGAGGAGUACCUGACGGGGCGCAGUGCCAAGCGUGACACGGGCAAGCGGGCCAAGAAGGGGGGCAGUCCAGCGCACUACAGCCUGCUGCCCGCACUGCAGAUGGAGGUGCUGCGCCAGGAGUCCAUGUCCACCCCGAGCCCUGACUCCACCUCGCUCUACCAUACCUUCCAGGCGUCGUCCCUGCUGUCGAAAGCCAAGAAGAAAAGCAAGGCCGGUCCCCUGUCGAGCAUCAGCAAGCGGCGGAUCUCGUGUAAGGACCUGGGCCGCGGUGACUGCGAGGGCUGGCUGUGGAAGAAGAAGGACGCCAAGAGCUACUUCUCCCAGAAGUGGAAGAAAUACUGGUUUGUGCUGAAGGACACCUGCCUCUACUGGUACAUGAACGAGGAGGGCCGAGAAGGCGAGGGAUUUGUCAGCCUGCCCGAGUUCAAGAUCGACCGUGCCAGCGAGUGCCUUAAGAAAUACGCGUUUAAAGCCUGCCACCCCAAAAUCAAGAGCUUCUACUUCGCUGCCGACAGCGUGGACGACAUGAACAGAUGGCUGAGCCGGCUCAACAUGGCGGCGGCCGGCUACGCUGAGAGGGAGAGGAUCCGGCACGAGCAUGCUGACUACUGGAGUGAGAGUGACCAUGAGGACAAUGAGACGCCAUCGACCCCCAAGCAGGACAGCCCUCCACCCCCCUAUGACACCUAUCCACGCCCACCCUCAAUGACCUGUGCCAGUCCCUACCUGGAGCCUAAGCACGGCCGCCUGUCCUCCACCGAGGCGUCUGUCAGCUUCGUCCCGCGAGAGUACCAUAGCGAACCACAAAGGGGCAAAAGCUUGGCCGGAGGAUCCACCAGCCCGCCCAAAUUGACCAGCCAGCGGCGCUCGUGGCAGGACCUGAUCGAGACGCCGCUGACCAGCUCCGGCCUGCACUACCUGCAGACACUGCCCCUGGAGGACUCGGUGUUCUGCGACGCGGGCGGAGGAGGGCUCUCCCCAGCGGAGGCCCGCCGCCAGUCCACGCUGCCCGCCCAGAGGAGCCUGAUGGCGGACCACUACGGGCCGGCGGGGGGCGAGGGCUCCAGCGCAGCCCGAGGAGGUCUGGGCUUCGAGCGGAUGCUGCUGCUGCCUGACCCUGGGCUGGCGGCGGGGGCCUCCGGGCUUCCCGGCUGCCACUUGACCCGGCCUCCAGCUCCUCCCUCCCCCUCCGCCAGCGUGGAGCAGCGCGACCCGCUGCGCCGUGAGCUGGCCCGAUGUCUGGACAACCCCAACGGUGAACAGCUGGAGCACAGGCAUGCCGACUCCCUGGGGGAUUUGUACCGGGCUCUGGAGCGAGCAAGCCUGUCUCCGCUGGGUGACCCACGCCUCUCCACGCGUCUGGACUACAAGCGCUCGUUCGUCCGGCGCUGCAACGACCCGUUGCUCAACGAGAAGCUGCACCGGCUGAGGAUCCUGCAGAGCACGCUCAAGGACAGGGAAGGGGAAGUAGCUGUGAUUGACAAGCUGCUGACCAAUCCACAGCUGACCUCCGCCUCGCUGCGGGAGUGGAAGAGAAUGUACCUGGAGGUGUUCUCGGAGGAACCGCAGCACGAGCGCGAGCGCGAGCCGACGCCCAGCCCUGAGUCAGAGCCCAGCCCUGGCCCCGGCCCGCCUACGCUCUCACACACACACUCCUACAUCGAGACCCAUGUGUGAUGCACACACA